AUAACACUUAUUUAAUGGUUUGAUUGAAACAUUACUAACAAUAAGGACAAAACUAAUAAGAAUCUACGAAUAAUAAUAAUGACAGUAGGUGAGGAAAACUUUUGAAUUUUAUACUAGAAGUAUUACUUCCUUUACACACAAUUCCAAUAAUACCCUUUCCUGCCAAAUAUUUCCCUGAUUCCUCUUUCCCAUUCAUGUUCCAGAUGGUGAGGCUUUCAAUGGAAGAUGUUAUGGGACUGACUUGCGCAGUAACAGACGAGAUGAAUGUGAUGAAAAACAUGUUAUUUUCACACAGGAUUGCAAGAAAAACUACUCGUACAUCAAAAAAGAACUUGUUGGAUGUUGUGCGAGACAGAAGAUUUUAUGUAGUGUCUUUAAAAAGAUCUGAUUUAGAAAAGGACCCCGAUAUAAUGAUUGAAGCUGCUGAGAGAGCGAUUUUAAAAAGACUGGCAUCUAAAGAUAAACCGAAUACUGUACUGGCUGAAGAACAGUUGUUGGAGAAAGAAGUAAGACUGAUAAAGGAAAAGUUGUUAAUACAGAAGAAAGAUCUUAAAAAGGUAAAUGAAAGACUGAAAGUUGCCAAGGAAGUAUACUCACUUAAGAAGAGCAGGCUAUGCAGAAAGGUAAAAUCACUUAAAGUUGGUGAGAGUUUUUUUGAGAAUCAAGAAGGUAAAUUGGAUUUUGAAUCUGUAAAAGCAUUACAAAUGGAGAUUAGGAUUGCUGAAGAGAAUUAUUUGAGUGAGAAGUCAGAUUUGAAAUGGAAGAAACGAUCUUAUGAUGGGUCAUUUAAAUUUGAUAACAAAUGUAAUUUAGUGGAGUUGACUUCAGAUAAUCUAGAUCUAUUAAAUAAACUUUUAGAGCCUAACAAAAAAAAGCAAAAAGUACUGCCUGAAGAAAUGUGUGAAAAAGUUAUAAGGACUCCAAAUGUGAUCAGUGGAUGUAAUAAGAACAAUUUAAGAAAACGAUCAAAACCAAACCAGAACAACUGUUUCAGUUUUUCCUUCAAACAGUGUCGUGGUUCAAAUAGUGAGAGACAAGAAUUAAAAGUAAGGGUAAGAGAACAAAGAAGUGAAUAUUCAAAGAACAAUUUAGAACCAGUUGUUGAAGUUUGUGAACCGAAAGAAUUAAUUGGAAUGAAGAGAAAAGUAGUGAUAAGAGAGGAGAUAAGUGGAUUUUCAAAGAAAAUUGUGGAACCUUGUGUUGAAGUUUGUGAAUCAAAAGUAAGAAGAGGCAUGAAACGGAAAAGAUCGCCCUCAAAGAACAACAAAAAUUUAGAAAUUAAAAAUGAACUAAAACAAUUUGCUACGCGAUGUGGGGAGUAUUUUAGUAGUAAGAUAAAUGAAAAUUGUAGAGAAUUUGUAUCCCUCCCAUCAAAAAUAAUAAAAGUUCAAUGUACAGAAAAUGAAGAUGUGCUCACAGUUUUGCUAUAUCAAGCAAUUGAAAUGAACAACAGAGAACAUCUGAACAUGGUAUGCCAGUUCAAAAAUGUUAACAUACCACCAGACCAGGAAAUAAAAAUUAACAACAAAAGUAGUUGGAUAAGAUAUAAGCAAACCUUAACUCAUGAAGAUGAAUAUUGUAGCAGCACAAAUAGAACUAUAGAACAAGAUAUGGCUGAUUUAUCACACAAAAAUACAGAAGCAUUAGGAGUGUGUUUUGAGCUACUUCAAGAAAAGACCAAGCAUGGAAGUAGUAAAAGUGCUUCAUCUGAAGUGAUUUGUGUAACAACCAUGAAAGGUGAUUGUGAAAUCAAUGAAAUAUGUUUGAAUAUACCUAUCAGCUCAUGGUCGGAUUACGUCACAGAUUUACAUAAAAGUAGAAAAGUAGGCCUAGACAAAGUAGAGUUAAUGAAUGUAAAAUUUGAUAAAGAGGAGGAUUCUUAUGAAAUCAUACUAAACAGAGAUAAAAUAUUUAAACCGAUUAUCAAAAACUUUCUCACGGUGUCUGAGAAAAUUGCUGAUAAAGAGUUGCUAGAGAGUGCAGUAGAGGAGAUCCAAAAUGAAUUUGAGAGAAAGGAAGAAUUUGCAGCUGAUGAUACUUAUUCCAAGAGAUUGAAGUAUUUGAAUUCAAAAAAAGAAAUAUUUGUGUUAUCAUCAGAAAAUGUAUUAAUACUCCAAAAAGAAAAAGACAAACUCAAGGUCUGUAAUAGUAAAGUUGAAGUGGUAGAUAUUUGUGUCAGUGAAAAUUAUGAAGAAAUAACAUUUAUACGAUUGGAUAUGAAACAUUCUGUGAACAUGAAAGCUCUGAACAGAAUGAUAACACAAACAACGCACAAAGAAAGAUGUGUUGAAUAUCCAACAGAUGUGAGUACUGAAUGGAAUAACAUUAAUUUUGAAAAUUUAGAGGUGGAUUGUGAAAAGCUAUUAACUAUUACUGAGGAAAUAUGUCAGCUUAAGAUUAAUAUAAUUCAAAUUACUACAGAAAUAUUAGAUAUGUCAUGUUUUAGAAACCGUAUUAUCACCUUAGAUAACAGUAUACAGCAACAAAAAUUCAAUCUCAAAGAAAAUACUGUUAUUUCAACUACUCAAAGCGUUUUGGAUGGUAUUAUAGAUAAGGAAAAAGAUUAUAUAUUGAUAAAUAAACAUUUGAACAACAUUCACAGAAGUCAUGAAAAUAUGGCUAGCAUUCUUGUGAAUUCUGAAGUUAGAAAAAAAUUUAAACUUGAAAUAGUGUCAUCAAUGCCUUAUAGAAGUUUAGAAAAAGUGAUGGUUUGUUUAAAGUUCUACAAAAGUAAAUUCAAGGAAGACCAAUGUUUAUUUUUAUUAAGUAAUGAAUUGUCACUGUCAAGAAGAAAAUCUGCUUUAAAAGUAAGCUUUAGAAAUAAUGGCCCCCGUGAAAUGUUCCCGCAAAUUUUGUUUAAAAAGCUGGUUCUACAAAAGGAGAAAAAAAUUAAAAAUAUCAAGUUGAUAAAAGAAAAUUCAUUAAGAUUAUUUAAUGAACCAUCCUGUGUAAAAGAAUUUUUAAUUUACCGUAAUAAACAAAAAGGAGAAGAUAAAUUAUACUUAAAAAAGGUGGAGUUUCUUGUAAAAAAUGAACAAAAUAAAGAAACAGAAAGAGAGAUAUUGGAGCCAUUUAAAGAAUUAUCAUUUCAAACAGUUCCUGUCCUAGAUAAACACAUCAAUAUCAAUACUUUGAGGAGAUCACAUAAUGUUUUGGAAUUGCAAUUUUCACAAGACAAUUUAAACAGAGUGAUAACACAAUGUCAUAAAUAUGUAGAUCAGGGCGGUACGAGACACAGCGGCACUGAUGAGCAAAGGGGAGGAGAAAGGCGCUUGCCAGAAGGCUGUUGGGUCUCCACCCGUCCCAACCGCGUGCAACCCCACAACACUGCCAGUCCUACUGCGGGACUCUACACGUCAUCACCAAGGGACCGGGCGGGGGCAGAGCAACGUGGCGGACCCCCGGCCACGGGGCAGGAGAGACGAGUCAGUAUGAGGCUACAUCGAGGGGCCAAUGCUUCCACUCUGGACCUAACUACUGGGCCUCGUAAUACCUCUGACAAGGCCAACCCCGCCCCGGAGACGGCAGGUCCACCCCGAGCCCGCCCCGCCCCACCUAAUGACACGCCUCGCAAGAAAUGAAGGCAUUCUCCCCCCCACCGCUAGUCUGUGAGUGUGUUCGCGUCUGAACGUGUGGUGACGUGCGCUAGACCUUCUCGGUAGUCAUGGCGUGCAGAGUUAAUUUCGUCGAUUGAACAGUCAAAUUUUCGGAGGGGGGGAUAAAAUGAUAAUUGUGGUUUCCCUGAUAACUAUUCAAAAAUAUACAUUAUUAUGUUGUGAAAGUGUAAAAAUUAAAUAAUGCUUUUUACGAUGAAUACUGCUAACUUACCAAUUUCUACAUGGACCUUUUGUCAACGGUUUUCUACGACUAGGGUCUAAGUGCGUAUGAAUUGCAGUUACACUACUGGUUGUAUAUUUCACUGUAUGUCAGAAUAUUUAUAACAGUGUUGUGUAUUUCAAGGAAAGCUUUGAGACAAAGCACACUAACUUGUUAUUUUACCAACCUUUAGAUCUUAAAAUGCAUAAAUUUAACUUAAAAUUUUUGAGGUUUUCUUAUUGUUUGUUUUUUUUUUUUUUAAAGAUAUCAAUUUCAUUAUUGUUAGCAAAGCGACACUCAGUUGUGUUUUUUUUAUAAUUUUGAAUGAUCAAGAAAGUGAUCUAGUUUAAUUUUUUUGUGGUUAAAUCCAUAUUGAGGAGUUGUAAUAUUGUUUAAAUAAAAGAUCAUAAAUAAAGUCACUAUUAUCAUUGGUUUUUGUCAAAGUAACGCUUAUUCAUCAAGAAAUACAAUACCAGUUUCUUGUGUAUUAGUUUUUAUCAUCGUUAUUGUUGCUAGCAUUGCGUAUUUUUAAUUAUUACCAUAAAUGUCUUAGGAUAGUAGUAAUGUUAUCUUUAUAGGUAACUGUUGUACUGGACUUAAGUUAUAAUAUUAAAUACUUCCGAACUUGUUGUGCUAUUUUUAAGAUGUUUUGUUGUUUAAAAUACGGUUUUGUUGUUAUUUUGAAAUUUUCAGAAUAAAAUCUCAUUUGAAAAGAGAUUUUGUGUUAAAAACUGAAGGUCAUGCAGAUCCGAAACACUCAGCAGUUGAGCCUUAUCAAUUACUUCUUAAGAAAUUAAUCUGUUGUUAUGUUUUUGUUUUAGAUUUUCUGGCAAUUCAAUGUAAGCCAUUAUUAUUUGAUUAGGAACGAUAAUGCAUGAGUAUAGUUCAAAACUAAAUAACUAUGACAUUGUUUUUAUUAGUGGUAUUCAAAUUGUUUUACUGUGUAUGUGUUAAUUUUGCCUCUCCAGACUAAUAUCAUUAAGUCGGUUAAAGUAAUCCUAUUGAAGUGUAAUACAGAAUAAAAGUGAAUGGAAUAGAUAACAUUUAAAAAUAAAGUCAUGUUGAAUUUUUCUGUGAAGUAUUGUAAAAUAAAAAAGUAGACUCCUAUUCCAGUUUGUCAGUUCAUCUGGUCCAGGUGUGAUAAGUUGGCCAUGUGGUGAUCAAAUACCAACGAUGAGCAUUUUCAGUCAACUCCCAUUCUCAGUUUGUGCUAUAACAAAAACUAGUUUAUCAGAAUGAGUUGAUUUAAUGAAACUAAAUAUCAAUGUUGGCAAAAUAUAUACACAUGAAAAAAAAAACAGGUACAUCCAGAAUUACCUGAAAAGGCAGCCAUACAUCAAAGACUAAUUUAUUGUUUCUGCCCCCUGAUCCCCUCCCACCCUCUACACUAUUACUUUGAUUGAUACAAUAUAGAUAACAAGAGUAUGUAAAUGAUAAACCUGACUAUUUGAUGUAAUUUUUUGUUUGUUAAAUUUGUAAGUUUUACAUUUUCUCCACUCAAAUAAUUUGGAACUACUGCAUAUCUAUUUAGUUAUGGUCUUAACUCAAAUAUAAUAAUAUCAGCUCAAAAUUUUGAGUAUUUUAUUGUCUUGUAUCAUAUUGUGGUUACUUAAAUUUUCUAUGCUUUGUAAAUCACAAGUACAAUUGUAAUCUGAUUAGGGUGAGUAAGUACACCAGUGAAAAUGGUGUUACAACAGAUAUUUUGUAUGGGUGAUUCAAUACCAGUGUACAUCUCAUAGUCUAUACUCACUAGGUAUUUCAAUUUUUAAUUCAUCUAAACACUAGUAUUGAGGUGGCUAAACAACGUGGAGUCUACUUUAUUUUUGAAACAGUGUACAAAAUACAUUGUAAUAUCUGUUUCUUCAAUAAUCUAUAUGAUAAAUCAACACACACACACAUGCACAUACACACUGUUUUAUGGGGCUAAAAGAAUAUGCACUCACAUUAUCAAUAUCAAAUGAGAGUCCAAGGCAUCCUUAACAAAUUACUGAUUUAACAACCAUUUAAUCAUAAAACUAUUUGUACAUAGAUGUGUUUUCAAUGUUUCUAAUGGGCAUAAAUAGCUUGUUUGUAUUAAAAAGUUAAUUUUCAUUAAAAUGUUGCUUUACUUAUUUAUGUGAAAUUAAUUUUUACCCAGUUGAUGAAAUAAUCUUGGUAAUUUUGAAGUUUAAAGACUUUUUUUGGAUAAGAUAUCUUUUCCGGAUUCUUAGAAUGUGUGUCUGAAAUGGAGGAUUUUAAAACCUCUUCAAAAUUUAGCGGUUAAAAAACUGACUUAUUUAUAUUGAUCAUUUAAGUGUAUUAGACCAGUAUACAAAUUAACUGUGUUGAUGAGUUUUAAAAUUGCAGAAAGAAAAUGAAUUUUCAUCCCAAUGAAGGUCUAAGUUAUAUGCCCCAGUUUAAAAGUGCCAUGAAAUUUCUCCUGUGUAAAAAAUUUUCAAAUUUGUCACUUAAAACACAAUUUUUAACUAAGUUAAGAAUAAGAAGUUGACAACUUAAAAUUCUUGAUCAUGGCAUAUUCUAGAUUAUUAAUCACACUAAUCAGAUGAAUCCAAAAUUUGAAAGGAAGGUGCUAGAGAAUUUAGCUUUACUGAAGAUGGAUAAAUGUUGUUGCUUCACAUUUAAAAUGCCUAUCAGCUCAAUAUACAAACCUUAAUUAAUAUUUAGUUGAACAUUUUAAUUUUAUAGACUAUUGUAAGAAAUGAUGAUUUGUUGUUAGCAUAAUUAUUUAAAUACAUAAUAGGCUCAUAAGAAAAAUGUAAAGUUAAAGUUCAGUAGAAUAAUACAUAUUAGUCAAGAAUAAUACAGUCUUUUCUUUUGUUUGUUUUAAUUCCAAACUAACUAAUGCAAUUCAGCAUUGAAAUCUAGUUUUUUUAGUGGUAUCUUAAGUUUCAUUAUACAAAUGAGUAAAUUGUCAUUGUAAUAACUAUUAACUUAAGCUCAUUAUAUUUAACAACACUAUUUUGCGAGGCUGUUGUUCAUGUUACGAUACUGGACUACUCUGAAUUCACCCUGGUUGCAAGUCUUUUCAAAUAGCUUAAUACCAGGUUAGACUAGUUGUGUAAAUAUUAAACUGUGUAUUAUAUAAAUAUAGUUGCGUUAGGUAUUGUGAUUAUAAUCAGUUUAGUUCGUUAAUAAAUGUUCUUUGAUUAAAUUUAUCUUACGUAGUAUCCACGCUAGAUUUAAAACCUGUAUAAGUUAUUUUUAUAUUGUAUGAAGUAAACUCUUGCUAGCUGCAUAUUAUUCUUUGUAGAGUUCACCUUCUUGUAUUGAGGCAAUGUGUCUAUUUAUAAAAAAAUUAACUGUUAGCUCUCGAUAAAAUAAAGAUAAGAAGUAUCAAAAUGGUUAUCGAGGAAUUUUGUGAUUGAAUUAGUGUUUUAGAGUCAUAAUUAUUCAAAUUAAACUAAAAUUAAUUUCUUACAGACUAGAAAAAUCACUAAAAUAUUUGAAUAAUCUAAAAUGUCAGUUAAAUUUGUCUGUUGGUUUUUGUAGAUAGAGUAAAGAGUCCACAACCUUGAACUUUAUUUUUGUUUAUUUUUUUAUUUAUUAGGGAUGGUCAAAAAUUCUGCAUUUAAAUCUUGGGCCUUUGACAUAUUCUUGUGUGCUUUUUUUAUGAAUGAAGGUAGUCUGAUCUCAGGCCCUCCCUGUGUCUUUGAAAUUUUAUUCUAUAUUUUCUAUUGCAUUUUGCUUUGCUGAUCAUUGAAUUGAAUAUUUAGGUUUCUGAAACUUUUAGAUUGUUAUCUUUGACAAACCUUUGCUGAAAGUUGAAGCUAAAGGAGAAUUUAUGAUGCAAAGAAAUCCAUGGGCUUCACAGAAAUCUUAUUAGAAAACUGUUCACAUAACACAUCACUAGCGAAUUCCUUGAUAGAAGUUUCCGCUGGAACUUGAUAUUAUAAAUUCUUUUCUGAAGUAGACCCGGACUCUUGCUCUACAAUUAUUGGCAUUAUGUAUGGUUUUAUUUUGUGUUUUCAUUGUUAUGGGUUAAUUAUUUAAAGUAAAUUGAGAUAAUUAUCUUUAGAUUGUUUAUCAUUUGACUGUUUAAAUCAGUAUCUGUUGUUAGAACCGUUAUGUUUUAUUCUGUUGAGUAUUAUCCAUUGAGGAUUAGAUCAAACAUUUCUAUCAAUCUAAAUAAACAAUCUUUUAUUUCAUUAUUUAUGUAUGUUUUUAACAUAACUCCUUAAGAACAAUAUGAGUAAAGGUAAAUUUAAAAAAAUGCUUGCCAUUGGUAUUGUAACGCUGUUACAAACAAUUUUAGUAUCUUUAAAUAAAGCCCUUUGGAGUUGAUAACAAGUAACUCAUCUAUGUUUACUUUUCAAAAACAAAUAAAAUAUUGAAUAAUACAGAUUCUAUUAUAGUAGCUAAUGUUUUAGAAUUAAAAUAUAGACAUUAAUUUUUUAACUAUAAAAUCAAUAAGAGGUGUAUAUCGUAAAUGUUGAUAUAAAUAUGGUAAAAUUUUCUUAAUUAUUAUUUGAUAAUCCUAUCUUAAUUGGUAAGGGUAAUAUGGGAGGCAUGAUAAAUGAUGCCGUCUUUAUGGACGUAGUUUCAUAAAGUAAUUAAAUACUAAAAUUGUGUAUAUUUUCCAAAUCAACUCAUUGCGUUUCAUAAUUAAUUGUGAAUAUCAACAUUGUGAAUCAUGAUUUAUUGAUUCAGAAAGAGCUUUUGAUACAGUUUAUCAUGCCACCGUGUAAAUAUUGCGCGUUUCACCGGGUCAGUUUGGUGAAAUAAGCGGUACUUGUUUGCCUUUUAGAUAUUGCGUGUUUUUCUAAUAUAACUCGUGUAUAGUACCGAACCUGUGUGUAUAUAUCUGUGUAUAAAUACUUAAACGUAGAUUCUUGUAAAGGUUUGGGCCAUAUGUGUGAAUUUUCUAUUUUUAAAUGCAAUGUGUGUGAAUGUGUAUGCUAUUAUUUGUAAGACUGAAUUAGCGUAUAACGCCGGAGCCAGCACAUGCUAAAAUAUUGUUAUUAGUACCGCUUACACUGUUUCGUAAUUGCAACAUACAGGGUUUGAUAGGAACAUGAACGACCUCACUCAAGUGGGCAGCAAGCAUUUCACUCAGUUGAGAAUUACAAAAUGUUGGUCUAAACCUAAAUUCUUAAUUAUCUUGUGUUUUGUUGUAUUUUCAGUUAUAUAUAAAUGUAAAAGGUAAACCAGGUGUUAGAUAAAAAGUUUAAAUAACCAAUAAUUUUUUACCUUAUCAUUGGUCAACUAAAAUAUUUCUGUAUAUUUAUUACAAAUAGGCUGGAAUCAAGCAAUAUCCACAGUUUGAAAACAUUUAAACAGUUUUCAAAGGUCAAUGAUAAUGUUAUACGAAUAGUUUUGAAUAGUUACAAAUGACAACACGAAGUUACUGUAAUAAAGUUUGUUAGAAGAAUCCUAAAUGAACUGACUUAUUUACUUGUUUUCUUCAAAGUAAUCUGAUGACAUGUAUACAGUAGUUUUUACUAUUACAUUGUGUUGUUUGGCAUAUUUACCACAAAAUAUCCCUAGGAAUUUAAGUCAUAAGUCAAAUUUAGUAGGUCAAUAAAUUAGCUUUUAUUGUGUA